AUGGAUAUUGACCGUGAAAGAAUAACAUCAAAAUUACUAUCACAUAUAUUGGAUAAAAAUGGUUUGAAUAAAUAUGCUUCUGAAUUAUCAGAGAGGAACAUGCACAUGAAAGAGUUCACUGAAACAUUUCUUUGUGGGUCAUACAACAUGGCUAGUGGUGGUUCUGCAGAAGGAACUAAGAUACAAGGGGGAGAUGCAGACCUAAUGGGAAUUUUGAAAGGUGUUGAAGCCUUAGAAAUACACAAAUAUAUACCAAAAUUUGGAAUUGAACUGCUUAUUGAAAGAGAUGGAUGCAGUCCAGGUUAUGUGAAACUGGUUUGCAGGAAAUUUGACAUGUUAGACCUUUCAGUAAAUAUACCAAAUGGCACACUUGGUCGACAAUUUGUAUCAAUGUUACCUGAGUUAGAGACGAAAUUUGGAAAUGAGACAUACAUAUCAAGUACUCAAUUCAAAAAGUUUAUCCAUUGGAAUGAAUACAUAUUCCCAGAUAAGUUUACAGACACGGCUAUAACAAUUAGUGGACAUCACGUAAAAGUAAAAACUUUACUUGGGGAAGUGGACUAUGUUACAGCAAUAGAAUGUGGCAGUUGGCCUAAAUGUGCACAUGAAUGGCUUAACCGUUCAAGAAAAUAUCAAUGGCCAAGUAAAGAGUUUCUACAAUCUUUACAAGAUAAAUGCAAGUGCUAUGUUGUACCUACUGGAGACGACUCUUCACCCAUUGCAGACAUACAAUGGAGACUAUCAUUCGUCACGAUUGAACGUGAACUUGUUUGGCAAAUGAAUGAUAUACAGUUGAAAUGCUUUAUUAUUUUGAAGAUUCUGAUGAAAAACGACACACCUGCAUUACCAAACAAUACACUGAAAACGUAUCAUUUAAAAAAUGCAAUGUUUUGGCUGGUAGAAGAAACACCAGCAGAACAAUGGAGCGCACAUUUGUUGCAUGCACGAGUUAUUGAAUGUUUGGAGAAGAUAAUUCAAUAUGUUAGAAAUAAAUGCUUACCUCAUUAUAUAUUGCCAGAAAAUAACUUGUUUAGAAACAGAUUUAUGACUAGUGCUGAAACUAAAGAUACAAUAACUUGUUUAGAAAAUAUGCAAGGAAAUGUUUUGAAGAUUGUCAGAGACAUGUAUGCUUCUUCUGAGAACAUUUUCAAUGACCAAAGGGUUUUCGAUUAUUUCAACAACGAUAUACGAAAUUUAAUAAUUGUCAUAAGUUUACGAUGCAGCUCUAGUCAUAUUAUUAAUUACAAAGAGAAAUUUUGUCAAAAAUUUGCGAAAGAAAGUAAAUUGGUAGUUGAAGGUAUAAAUGUAGCAAUUUCAAAAGCUAUGUAUAUCGAAAGCACAAACAACAAAAGCAAAAUAAGGGGCGUAUCUGAAGAAAUUAAACUGUAUCUUUGUACCACAUUAAAGACGACUGCUCUGAGUUACCUUUAUAGGGCCCUUUUUGAAUUUCAUAGCAGAAAUUAUACAACUGUUAUAACACUCAUUAAAGUUAUUGCUUCAAAGAUGAAGGAAUAUGGUUCACAUUUGCAAGAUGUGAGAUUUACUAAUGCAGAUAAUGCCUACCUUCCAGACUUCUUAAUUUUAGAACAAAAUAUUAAAGGCAACAUGUGUGUUACCAGAAUGAUUCAACUUACCCUUUCAUUACUACUUAUGUUUCUUUCAAACUAUCAUUUAAGAAAUAUACAAACAUGCCAUCAUUGUAGAAUUCAGGGGUCAAUAAGGUUCUAA